UGUUUCUAGUAAGUUUAUAUUUAUGUAUACUGGAUUAUCCAACACUAUCAUCCGACCACGUGUGAAAUAUUUCCACUAGUGAUUGUACUUAACACUAAAACGUUACAGUGAACAGCGUUUUCAGGUGAAUCAGAGAGCAGUCUUGUGUCAUCGCGAUACUCACGCUGACGUGCGCUCGUGACAUCACGUGACGACAUCGCACGGAAUGCUGGGAAACAAACAGUGGUAUGAAUAACACUUGGCGUAAACAUCCGUUACCUAUGUGUGCAAGAGUUCGUGGAGCGCAAGCAAACAACCAGUCCGGCAGACGCAGCGACCGUCUUCCACAGCUUUUAUAACCGUGCUCAGCUGAGCGAAGAGAUGUGACAGUCUGAGCAGCGAGAGCGGCGGGACUCUGGACUCGGGAAAGUGGCGCGUGUGUGUGAUUUAUGGGUCAGACAGGAGCGGUCUGAGAGAGGUUUAUUCUUCUGAUGUUGGGAUCGAGAGUAUGGCGUUCAUAAGCGAGCGACAGCUGACGUGCUUGCAUCUCAAGUCCUUGAAGUGGCUCGACUCCACAUCAGUCUUUCCGAGAUAAAUCACUAACGUUAGAUGGUAAAUCACUGGACUCUUUCCAGGGAAUCGUCGCUGAUCGCUUCGCCAGAGCAGCCCGGGUUGGGCAACGUGUAGCCUCCGUUCAAGGGUCAACAUUUUGGACUGGUCCAGUCGAUCAAUCCAGUGGAGUCAUAUGACGUCGGGAUGAAUCUGUGGAGCUCGGGGCCAGUGCAGGGGGUGCUGAAAGCCCUGAAGCACGCCGCGGGGAGAGGGCACGUCCAGCUGAGCCGCUGGUUGCAGCGGACCCCGGACUCACUGGACUGCGACAAGAUCGACAUCUUGAUCUGUAACGUGUUUGACGAGCGAGGGAACGGAGGGAGACCGGAGGCGGACCCCGCGGGUCACACCGAGCCCGUCGCGUCCUUCGCUCCCGAGUUCAGACACCCGUGCUGCAUCACCACCUGUUGCUUCAAGAGCGCCCUGCUGGCGUGCGUCCUGACAGCCGUGUGCUUCUCCUCGGUGGCUCUGGUCCGUCAGUACCUGAAGGACGUGCUGCUGUGGGUGGAGAGUUUGGACAGUUUCGUGGGAGCCCUGCUGUUCAUAGUGGGCUUGAUCACGGUGUCGUUCCCCUGCGGCUGGGGCUACAUCGUGCUGAACGUGGCCGCGGGGUAUCUGUACGGGUUUGUGUUGGGCAUGGGGCUGGUGAUGGUGGGGGUUUUGAUCGGGACUUUCAUCGCUCAUGUGGUGUGUAAGCGACUGCUGACGAACUGGGUUCUGGGUAAGAUCGGCAGCAGUGAACAGCUGAGUGCUGUUAUUCGGGUCGUGGAGGGGGGAAGUGGACUCAAAAUCGUGGCCUUAGCGAGACUCACGCCGAUCCCUUUCGGCCUCCAGAACGCGGUCUUCUCGAUCACAGAUGUGUCCUUGCCAAAUUAUUUAGUGGCUUCCUCAGUGGGACUUCUCCCAACACAACUCCUUAACUCGUAUCUGGGCACCACCCUGCGCACAAUGGAAGAUGUGAUUGCAGAACAGAGCGUCAGUGGAUACUUUGUGUUCAGUCUACAGAUCUUCAUCAGCAUAGGCCUGAUGUUUUAUGUUGUACAUCGAGCACAAGUGGAACUGAACGCCGCCAUUGCAGCCUGCCAGUUGGAGCUGGAGACGUCUUGCAUGAACGGCGGAGCGGCCAACCACAGCAGCUCGACCUACUGCAGCAAACGGGCUGCGGCGGGAGGGGGGAUCAACGUGGUCUGAAUGAACAUAUUUCAAUCCUUUAUCCAGCUGGACGGAUGGAGAUCUGCCUCGCCUGCGUCAGGGAGUCUCGGGAGCUGCUACAGUCCCAGCUAGCUCGCUAGCUCAGCUAGUUCUGGUUCUGAUGGAGGUCUGAUGUGGAUGUGGAGCGACACUGGACUGUCAGAGAGAUCAUCAGGCUUUGAUGGAAACAUUGCCCAAAGAUUGGGACCCAGGGCCAGUAUUAAAUGAGAAGUUUAUGAGA